AUGGUGCGUCUGAGGGAGAUUCCCCGGACGGCCACGUUUGCCUGGUCCCCCGGGGCCGCAUCGCCGUUGAUAGCCACUGGAACUCGCGCGGGCGCUGUGGAUGUUGAUUUCUCCAAUGAAACAUGCCUCGAGCUUUGGGACCUGAGCCUUGACAGACAGGUGGCUGGUGGGGAGCUGCAACCUACAGCUAAGAUUGACACCGACUCUGGUUUCAAUGACCUCGCAUGGACAGAAUCCGACGAUAGUACACGGGGUGUGAUCGCUGGUGCUUUGGAGAAUGGAUCUUUGGAUCUAUGGGACGCCGACAAGCUACUUCGUGGAUCAAGCGACGCUGUGGUGUCGAGGACCUCGAAACAUUCAGGGGCUAUCAAGGCUCUCCAGUUCAAUCCUAAGCAUUCGAACCUGCUCGCAACUGGAGGUGCAAAGGGAGAGCUCUACAUCUCUGAUCUUAAUAACGUCGCGAACCCGUACCGACUUGGAGGCACUGCGGCUCGCGCUGAUGACAUUGAGUGUCUGGACUGGAACAAGAAGGUGGCACAUAUCCUCGUUACUGGAAGCAGUGCGGGGUUUGUUACCGUAUGGGAUGUCAAGACGAAGAAGGAGAGUUUGACUCUUAAUAAUAUGGGUCGGAAAGCUGUUAGCGCUGUGGCGUGGGAUCCUGAGAAGCCUACAAAACUCGUGACGGCAACUCCGCUAGAAUCCGAUCCUUUGAUCUGCGUCUGGGAUCUCCGCAAUUCCCACGCCCCUGAAAGGACUCUUCGGGGGCAUGAGUCCGGCGUGUUGUCGCUGUCGUGGUGCGCUCAUGAUCCUGACCUUCUUUUGUCGACUGGAAAGGACAACCGUACUAUCUGCUGGAAUCCGCAGACUGGUCACUCGUAUGGCGAAUUUCCUGUUGUCACCAAUUGGACCUUCCAGACUCGCUGGAACCCUCACAACCCCAACUUCUUUGCCACCGCCUCGUUCGAUGGAAGGAUUGCCGUCCAGACCAUCCAGAGUACUGGCAGUGAUAACGCCCAGGCCAUUGCAGACCAGAAUCAGGCUCUAGACGGAGAAGACUUCUUUGCGAAAGCGCAGACCCAACCUCAGGUGUCGAGCUUUUCGCUUCCCAAGGCUCCCAAGUGGCUCGAAAGACCCUGCAGUGCCACUUUCGGCUUUGGCGGAAGAAUUGUGUCGGUCGGUUUGGCUGAGAAGGACAAGCGAACAUCAAAGAUUACGAUCAGCCCGUUCGAGGUCGAUGAGGCUGUUGGGAAGUCCACGGAAACCUUUGAGAAUGCCCUCAAAGAGGGUGACCUGCGAAGCAUUUGCGAGGCCAGGGCUGCGGACGCAGCUAGUGACGAGGAGAAAGCCGACUGGAAGGUGAUCGAGACAUUGAUUUCUACCAAUCCCCGGAAAAGCCUGGUGGAAUAUCUUGGAUUCCAGGAUCAAGCUGAUGAGGCUGCCGAUGGACUGGCCAAACUGGGACUGAACAAGGAAGAGGAAGUCAAUGGCGAGCCAGCGAAAGAAUCCCGCGGGUCGGGAGCUAAGAAGCACAGGCGCCUGCAAUCGAUGUUCGACCCGACCCCUGAAGCAGAUAAUUUCCUGUCAGACCUGGCUGCAUCAAAGGGUGCCAAGACCAACAAUCCCUUCCAAAUCUUCAGCGGCUCCGAGUCCGAGGCGGAGAAGGGCAUCACUAGAGCAUUGCUUCUCGGUGAUUUCGACAAGGCCCUUGAUGUUGCUCUGAAAGAAAACCGUCUUUCUGACGCCUUCAUGAUUGCUAUCUGCGGGGGCCCGAAAUGCAUCGAAAAGGCGCAGGAACACUAUUUCUCAAAGCAGACAGACAGCCCGAACUACGUUCGCUUGCUUGCAUCCAUCGUCGGCAAGAACCUGUGGGAUGUCGUGUACAAUGCCGAUAUGUCCAACUGGAAGGAGGUCAUGGCAGCACUGUGCACUUUUGCCGAUGAGAGCGAGUUUGCUGACCUCUGCGAAGCGCUUGGCGAUCGGUUGGAGGAGCAAAUCCGUGCUACAGAUGACAAGAGUGCUCGCAAGGAUGCCUCGCUUUGUUUCUUGGUUGGUUCCAAACUUGAGAAGGUUGUUUCAAUUUGGAUCGAAGAGCUUCGCGAGAACGAACAGAAGGCUGUUGAGACUGCUGAUAACGACUCUAUUUUCUCGAUCCAUGUACGCGCUCUCCAGGGACUGAUCGAGAAGGUGACCAUUUUCCGCCAGGUUACCAAGUUUCAGGACACGGAACGCACCAAGGACUCUGACUGGAAGCUCAGUACGCUGUACGACAAGUACAUUGAGUACGCUGACGUCGUCGCUACCCACGGCCGGCUGCAAGUGGCGCAGAAGUAUCUCGACCUUGUCCCGGAGAAGCACCCUGAGGCAGACAUCGCACGGAACCGCAUUAAGCUUGCGAUGAGACAGGCCCCGGCUCAGCGCACACAGCCCAUGGCCAGAACGGCAAUGCCCAAGACGAAGCCUCUUCCAUCAGCCACGCAGUCCAAUGUAUAUCAGUCUCAGUCCACCUUCUCCCCCAACGCACCAGCUGCAGCGCCCAACGUCUACGCUCCUCCAGCUGCCACUGCCGCCGCUCCCAACCCCUAUGCGCCGCCGACUGCCGCUGCGAACCCAUACGCCCCUACUGCUGCUGCCGCCGCUCCAGCUCCGCCAGUCAACCAUUACGCACCAGCUUCUGGAGGCAGCUACGCACUGACAGGAUACCAGCCGACGCAGGCGCCCACUUACGGUGCUCAGCCAUUAGGUGGGACUGUGCCUCCUCCGCCUCGCGCGGGCAGCAACCAGUCUCCAGCUACCAUCACUACUUACACCACCGCCACCAAUCUUCCUGCUUGGAACGAUCUGCCAGAAGGCUUCACGAAAGCUCCCACGUCGCGCAGAGGAACGCCCGCCACCACAGCUGCACCCAUCUCUGCACCGUUCCCGAACCAAUCUCCUACUAUCGCCCAAGGUCCCCCGCCGCCUGCGGGUGUUCAGCGGACACCUUCCGUUCCGCCUCCACCAAAGGGCACUGCCCCUCCUCCACGGGUGACCUCGCCCCCUUCUGCGGGCCCUCCGGCGCCUUCCAUCCCUCCAGGACCCCCGCCUGCCAACCCCUAUGCUUCCUUGCCUCAGCCUCCUCCAACGGCUUCCUCCACCAUGGGUGUCCCAGCUCCAGUUCCCCGCGGGCCUUCCCCUUACAACGCUCCACCGACUGUGCCGCCACCAAGUAAUCGGUAUGCUCCUAGCCCAGCAGCGCAGGUGUCAAGCCCUCCGAUGCAGACACGUGCUCCUGUCCCACCUCCUCCUCAGGCGUCUGCCUCUCCUUAUGCUCCACAGAUGGCCCCAGUGCCUCCAGCUGCAAGCCAGUAUGCCCCGAGCACACCUCCAUCAAAUGUACCCCCAGCGCAGCAGGUGCCUCCCCCGGCUACAGGAUCCCGUCCCAGUACCGCUUCUUCGCAAAAGGCGGCGCCCCCAGCAGCCCCUAAAUACCCCCCUGGUGACCGCUCCCACAUCCCGUCGGAUGCCAUGCCUGUCUUCGAGAUCCUCAACGCAGACAUGCAGCGCGUGAAGUCCCGUGCGCCGUCUUCCUUCAAGGCACAAGUCGAGGAUGCUGAGCGUCGAUUGAAUAUUUUGUUCGAUCAUCUCAACAAUGAAGAGUUGCUCAAGCCCAACACCAUUGCAGACAUGGGGGAACUCGCACGUGCCAUUCAAGCCCGUGACUAUGAGACAGCACGGACAAUCCAUCUCGAUAUCCUGACAAACAGGACCGAAGAGUGUGGUAACUGGAUGGUCGGUGUGAAACGUCUCAUCGCCAUGAGUCGGGCGACUCCUUGA